GAGGAAGGCAACCCACGUAGCGCGCGAGAAAAGAAAGAAACAGAAAAAAGUCGGAAGAAAGAGAAAAUCAAGGAACGCAUGGGAGAAGACUCAGCUGCAGCAACAGCCUCCAUCGACUCCUCUAAUAUUGGCUUCAAGCUUCUGAAGAAGCACGGAUGGAAAGAAGGGACGGGUCUUGGCGUUUCUGGACAGGGUAGGUUGGAACCUGUGCAAGCAUAUUUAAAGAAGAAUAAACGAGGCUUGGGGGCGGAUAAAGUAAAGAAGACUGCUGUGGGAUCUUAUGAAAGUUUGCCCUCUAAUGGGAAAACUGACAAGGAACAUUUGCCUACAAGAAAGAAAAGGAAGACUGUAUCUAAAAGGAUGAAGAAGAUGUUGGAGGAAGAAAAGCAGUUACAAGAGAAGGAAUUUGAGCGGGCCUUUUUUAGGGAAUUCUGGCCAGAUAACGUUUGAUGGCAAAAUCCUAGAUUGUUCUUUCAUUUUUGAAGGUUAGAAUUAAGAAUUCGUACUGGAUGCUUUCCUUCCUUUCCAAUUCUGGCAGUUAGCUUCUUAUUUUGUAAAUCCUUUCCCCAUACCAAAAGAAUAAGAACGUUGUUAUGAUCAAGGAAAAACUAUAAAUGUUAUGUACAUAAGAACCUGAAUAGGAUGAUCUUGCAAUGUAAAGAUAUCCAGUGUGUUGUUUACAA